CUAGCAAUUUACUAUUCUCUGGUUUUAUCAGCUAAUGUCAGUCCCUAAUGUGACUCCCUCCCUCCCUUGGAUGCCCACAACUUUGCCACCCUCUCCAGCCUCACUGUCGCUUAGGAGUCCAGUCUGGGGGGUGGUGUAUGGGGUGAUCUGUGGCUGUGGGGUUCUGUGUAAUGGGCUGGUCCUGGUCGUGCUGCUUAGCUGCAGGCACACUUUGGUAUCUGACCUGUAUGUGGUGAAUCUGGCACUAGCCGACCUCUUGUCUUUGCUUGGCAUGCCCCUACUUAUUCACCAGCUCCUCCAUGACAGAGGGUGGGUGUUUGGGGAUCUCUUGUGCCGGGCGGUCACUGCUCUGGACCUCAACAACCAGAUUACAGGAGUGGGAAUCAUCACAGCUCUCUGCGUGGACAGGUAUGUGGCGGUUGUGCAUUCGGCUACUAUGGGUCAGCGUCGGAGUGUGAGAUGCACGUGGCUGGUGACUGGCUGUGUCUGGGUUUGCUCCCUGCUCCUCAGUACGCCGGCUCUCCUAUACUCUGGGGUGCGAUGGGGUGAAGGUGUGGCCCUGUGUGUGUUGGACCUUCCUGGAGCUCCACUGUCCUUGUACUGGUACACACUGGUGCACAGUCUACUGACGUUUCUCCUUCCAUUGUCAGUUAUAGUGGUGCUCUACUCACUCACCCUGCACCACCUUUCCCGAGUUAUGAAGAGAGUCCAGCGGGCUCCAUCUCAGCGCAGCCGCCGGGUAACCCGCAUGGCACUGGCCAUUGUGGCUGCCUUUCUUUUGUGCUGGGCCCCAUUCCAUGCUGUGCAGCUGCUCAAUCUGAUCUCCACUGGGCCACCCUCCAACUCAGCUUUCUACCUCAACCAGGCAGCAAUAUGCCUGGGAUAUGCACACAGUUGUGUCAGCCCCCUGCUUGUUAUCUGCUGUACUGAGGGCUUCCGGGAGCGGCUGCCGCAUGCACGGUGCUGUCAAUUUCUCUUCCGCCGCUGGGCUGGGUUCUGGCCCGUAUCUGCCUAUCCUCCACAGGGCCCCAAUUCUGCUAUCAACAGCCCUCCUGCGAGUGGGAUUUGUGCCCCCCAGCACCGGCGAAGGACUAUCAGCUUGGAGACACCUCCGUUCUCUGUUACUGAAAACACCAGACUGAGCCCUGGCAUACGGGAUGAAAGCAGUAUUCUGUGAGCCCCUGUCCGUACAACUUAAAAGUCACAUUUGUAAAAUGUCCCGUUGGGUGGCCUUUACUAUUUACAUCUGCUGUAAAAUGAGCAGGAUUGAGGGAAAACCAGAAGGACAUGGAGAUAUGGAGUGACUGGCUGCUCUCGGCAGGUUUCCAUCACUUGGAGUUAUUUGUUAUGAUACAGGUUCAACAUCUUCCAUUUGGUAUUAUUACCCUAUUACAGACAGUUGGGGAUUGUACUGAUCAUUAAAAAAAGUCUGCAUAGCAGUCUGAAUAUAUAUUCUCUUUAUUAUCAAUAAGCCGUAUGCAAAAAAAAGGAAAGAAAAUGAAGAAAAAGAAGAAUUCUAUAGUAUUAUACUGGUGAAAACCUUUUGUAUUCAGUAUCUUUCUCAUUAUUCCAAUGCUUCAGAGCCGUCUCUUGUUGUCCUGUUAUAUUUUACCGGUUAUGUAUCAUACACUUUUAGAGACAUAAAUGAUCUGUAUGGUGGAUGGCAGCCAUGUUGUUAUCAGCUGACCUCAAAUUAAAAAGAUUAUUUUAGUUGUG